CCGACAACGUCACUUGCUGCUUUAGUGGCAAGGGGAAGAUCGUCAUCGACUGCGAAAACAACGCCGUAAGCUUGCUUGAUUGAGGGUUGAAGUUCAACUACUGGUUCCAAGCCCACUCUUCCUCUAAUAGCUCAAGGUCUGAUCUUUGCUUAUUCAGUCGAUUCAUUCGCUUUUGAUUUGACGCCGUACGAUGGUGGGGUUGAUGGUUGUGGCCAUGGGUUACUUGUGAGAGCAAACAGAGAGAAUGAUUUUGGAUGCUUCUUCUCCGAGUUGAAUCAGUGAUUGGAGAUGGGUUAUAAAUGUGGGUUUGGUCAUUGGUGAUUUGGGGGAUAUGGAGAUGGGUUCGGAGUGAGGGUGGUGAGCUGGAGAGAGGAGGGGUGUGAAUAGAAUUGCUCAUUUGUUUGCAGAUAAAAAAAUUGAAAAUAUUUUAGUGAAGUUCCUCAAAUACCCUUAUCUUUAACGGCUAAUUUGGAUGGAGUUAGUUCUAGGGAUCAUUUAAACACACAUUGGAAACGUUGAGGAUGUAAUAGACACGAUUUGUAUAUUGAGGACCAAAUUGACAUUUUGAAAAUACUUUAGGGACCAUCCGUACAAAUAAGCCGGAAAGAAAACCCCAGGGCAGGCCCCAGGAGGGGUUUAUGCAGACAACACAGUAGUAGUUGCAGUUCAGGGCGGCCGGGCGGGGAGACUUCUGCUUUUCAACAGCAGCAGCAGCAGCAGCUUGGCUAAUGUCGGAACCAAGCGACUGUCGACUACGCAGCGGGCCCUACCUCGGCGAAAUCUCUGCCCUCUGUUUUCUCCACCUCCCCCCUCCUCUCUCUUCUCUUCCUUACCUCCUCGCCGGGACCGGUUCGCAGCUUCUACUCUAUGACUUGGAAACUGGGAAAUUGCUUAAAUCAUUUCACGUCUUUCAAGGUAUUCGAGUUCACGGAAUUACUUGUACCUCUAUUACCGCCAAAGACUUUGAGUUCAACAUCGCUGUUUUUGGAGAAAGGCGGGUUAAACUAUUUAAAUUGUGCAUCAAUGUCGAGGUUCGAUUCCAGGAUCAUCCUCAACAAUCCAUUCCUUUGAUUUUACUGCACUCCUUACCCAAGUUUAGUCAUUGGGUUUUGGAUGUCUGCUUUUUGAAGGACUUUUCCAGUUCUACAAGCGACGGGAAUCAUUGUCUUGCUAUUGGUUGUAGUGACAACUCUGUUGCUUUCUGGGAUUUUUCGAAAUCCAGUUUGUUGACUGAAGUCAGAUUUCCAGAUAGGUGUCUUCUGUAUUCCAUGCGGAUUUGGGGUAACAGAGUUGAAGCUCUUCGCAUCGCAUCCGGUACUAUUUACAAUGAGAUUAUUGUUUGGAAAGUGGUUCCUCAAAACCAUGCUUCAUUAGAAAGUCCGGUGGAAGGCAAAGUUAUUCUGAUCAGUUCCUUGGAAGAAAAAUUUCAUCUUCCUGGGCAGCAGUACGAAGCUGUUUGUCUGUGUAGACUUGAUGGACAUGAAGGUUCAAUAUUUCGUAUUGCGUGGUACUCAGAUGGAUCCAAAUUGAUAUCUGUCUCCGAUGAUCGUAGUGCUCGUAUCUGGGCAAUUCAUGAAAGGAAAGAAUUUGACGGUUCCCUGGAGAUUGCUUGCUCUCACUCGGUUGGCCCCGUAUUAUUUGGACACAAUGCUCGGGUUUGGGACUGCUGCAUAUUUGACGAUUUAAUAGUCACCGCUGGCGAGGAUUGUACCUGUCGUGUUUGGAGCUUGGAUGGCAACCAGCUUGUGAUGAUAAGAGAGCACAUUGGGAGGGGAAUAUGGCGGUGCUUGUAUGAUCCAAACUCUUCAAUUCUUGUCACUGCUGGGUUUGACUCUGCAAUAAAAGCACAGCAGCUGCAUGCUUCUAUGUUCGGGUGCUCAAAGAGGUAUGCUGAGGAAGUAGAACAGCUCACAGACAGAACAAAGAUCUUCACUGUUCGUAUCCCACGUUCAUCAGAGCAUAUUGGUCUCAUGGACAGCAAAAGUGAGUAUGUGAGGUGCUUGCAUUUCGCACGUGAAGAUACCAUUUAUGUCGCCACAAACAAUGGAUACCUCUACCAUGCUAAACUAUCCGACAUUGGCGAUGUGAAAUGGACCGAACUUGUCAGGGUCAGUGAAGCUGUGCCAAUUGUUUGUAUGGACUUGUUGUCCAAAAGCUCGUCAAACCUUCCAAACCAUAAUGAAGAUUGGGUUUCUAUUGGAGAUGGUAAAGGUCAUGUGAUGGUUGUCAGUGUUAUUUGUGAUGAUGAUCAUACUCCUAAUGUCGGUGUCACUUUUAGUUGGUCUGCUGGACUACAGAGACAGCUCUUGGGAACUUAUUGGUGCAAGUCACUGGGUAGUAGGUUCAUCUUUACUUCUGACCCUAGAGGUUCAUUGAGGUUUUGGAGGUUAGGUGAUGCUCUACAAUCGGUUUCACUCGAAUCCAUGAAAAGUUGUGACGUGUCUCUAGUAGCAGAGUUCGUAUCAUGCUUUGGAACACGAAUAAUGUGUUUAGAUGCAUCAAUUGAGGAAGAGGUGCUGGUUUGUGGAGAUCUCCGAGGAAAUUUGGUGUUAUUCCCUUUGUUAAAGGACCUGUUGUUGGUUACAUCUGUUGCAUCAGACAUGAAAAUAUCUACCUUAAAUUAUUUCAAAGGGGCACAUGGGAUAUCAAGCGUGUGCAGCAUUUCUGCAGCUAGCUGCAGUUCAAGGCGGGUUGAAAUACACUCGACUGGAGGAGAUGGGUGCAUAUGCUAUUUGGAAUAUGACGGAGAUCGACAAAAUUUGGAAUUUUUAGGGAUGAAACAAGUGAAAGAAUUGAGUUUGGUACGAUGUGUCUCUGCUUCUACGUCUUCCAUUGAUUUGGCCAGUGGCAACUAUGCCAUUGGGUUUUCAUCAACCAACUUCCUGAUAUGGAACUUGAGUACUGAGGCCAAGGUUGUUCAAGUUGCAUGUGGUGGGUGGCGGCGUCCUUAUUCUUAUUAUCUUGGUGAUGUGCCAGAGAUGAAGAACUGCUUUGCAUUUGUUAAGGAUGAUAUUAUCUAUGUUCAUAGCUGCUGGAUUGUAGACAGUGAGAGGAAGAGAUAUCCGCAGAAUCUGCAUCUUCAAUCCCAUGGGAGAGAGAUGCAUUCGAUAUGCUUUAUUUCUGAUGAUUUACCGUCUAAUUCAAAGCAAGUUCUCUUUUCUAAAUCCUGUUCGAUUGCAACAGGGUGUGAGGAUGGAACUGUAAGGUUGACUGGGUAUGAUCCAAGUAUUGAGGAGUGGUCUGCAUCAAAACUGCUUGGGGAACAUGUUGGAGGAUCAGCAGUGAGAUCUUUAUGUUUUGUGUCGAAGAUUCAUAGAAUUGCAGCAGAUGUGAUAACCAUUUCUAGUGGGACAAACAGACAAAAUGAUGCCUUGGAGGAUGGAGAGAAUCCUCGCUUACUAAUUUCAGUGGGAGCUAAGCGAGUUCUAACUUGUUGGAAACAAAAGAAGAGAAUCACAAAACUCAGUUAUGAAGUUGCUAACACUGGCCCAGAUAAUGGAACUGGAAGUGACUUUAAGCUUUCAUCGGGAAAGUUUUCGUCGUUAUCAUUCCAGUGGCUUUCCACUGACAUGCCAAUCAAGUUUUGUAGCACCCGUGAAAGAAGCGGCAACACUGAGAAAGAUGUAGGAGCUACUGAAAGUGCUCUGGAUUCUGAUGUAAAAGCAGCUGAAAAUGGUGUGGGUUCUGAUGCAAUAUAUUUAUCACCUUUCCCACAAACUCAGAAGAUUGAAUCGAAAAGCUGCCUUGGGGAUGAGUUUGAAAAUGACUGGAGAUAUCUGGCCGUUACGGCUUUUCUUGUCAAGGUUGCUUAUUCCAGGUUAACGGUUUGUUUCGUCGUUGUUGCUUGUUCAGAUGCCACACUUACAUUGCGAGCUCUCUUAUUACCUCAUAGGCUUUGGUUUGAUGUUGCAUCAUUGGUUCCCCUAUCAUCUCCCAUUUUGGCACUACAACAUGUCAUUGCUCCUAUGGAUUUGCCUUCUAAUGAUAAUGUUCAGACUGGAAGCGUCUUUCUUGUAAUUAGUGGAUCUACUGAUGGGAGCAUUUCCUUUUGGGAUCUAACAGAGAGUGUUGAAAAUUUUAUCCGGUCAGUGCCAGCUAUGGAGUUAAAAAAGUUCAUUGAUUGCCAGAAAAGACCGCGCACUGGAAGAGGAAGCCAAGGUGGACGAUGGUGGAAGGCAACAAGCAGUGGCGUCACAAUUAAAAAUCCAGCCGAUAAUUCAACAAUAGCAAGAAAGACGGAGGGAACUGGCGAAGGUAUGCUAAAUACUGUUGCAUGUGGAACCCCAUCAAAGUCAACUGGUUCUUUGAGUGGUGCGCCUUGCACUCAGCCUUUAUACGCUGCUUCCCUCAAAGAAGUCAAGUCAGCUGAUUCCUCAUUGGAUUUGUGUAGAAUAUUGCCUGUACAAGUUUUGAACAAUGUUCACCAAUCUGGCGUCAAUUGUCUCCACGUCUCGAUUAUCCAGGGUAGCAGAGAUUCUUUUGGCUCUCUGUGCUAUGUUUUGAGCGGAGGUGAUGAUCAAGCACUUCAUUGUAUUGGGUUUGAUAUCCAAAUGCUAUCUUUAAGCCAGUACUCUGAGAACAAGGACCAAGGCGUUCUACACAGCAUCAGUGGAUCUGAGAGUACGAAUAGCUUCAUGCACUGCAUUGAGAACCGAAACUACAGUAUCAGAUUUUUGUGCCAUGACAAAGUCCCCUCAGCUCAUAGCUCUGCUGUAAAAGGAAUUUGGACAGACGGGUGUUGUGUGUUCUCUACUGGUCUUGAUCAGCGCGUAAGGUGUUGGCUCCUUGAUGAGAAUGGCAAAUUGAGAGAGCGUGCUUGUUUAGUUAUUAGUGUGCCAGAGCCAGAAGCAUUGGAUGCUAGAGCCUGUGGCAAAGACUGCUAUCAGAUUGUUGUAGCAGGAAGAGGGAUGCAAAUGGUGGAGUUCUCCACCUCCUGAGACUGAACCGGCUUGUGGUCAUCCAAGUAGCUAGUCCUCUGACAAAAGGGGUUCGAUCUGGGAAGAUACCAUCCUUGUUCUCCGUAAGCGGGGAUAGAUGCAUGAGCUGGAAUUUGUGAUACUAGGUUUUUCCUACUACAGAACAGCAGUUGCCAUGACUGUUCAUUGUGGCCUAUUUUAUCGAAAUGUCAUUGUUGUGUCCUCUUUCCAAAAUAAUCUUCAUACUGUGGUGAAGGUUGUUUCUCUGCAUAAUAAAGGUUUAUAUUGAA